CAUAUAAAUAAAAUGUAUUUCAAUAUCAAUAUUAAUUGUUCUUAUGGUGCAGACACACCUGGAGUUGAAAUUUAAAGUCAAAUAAUUGGAAAAGGGGAAUUUUUAAAUAUAUGGAAGAUAAGAGCAUUAAAUUCUACAACAAUUCUUUAGUGUCAACAAUUAUGGAGUCAUAUAUUAAGCAGGUAAAUUCAGAAGAUCUGAAUGAUUUAGUUGAUCUAAACAUGUCUUAUGAAGCCUUGCAGCAGAGUAGUUCAAGCCCAGUUCAAACAGUUAAAAUCGAAGAAAAGUCUUUAAGGAAAAUGGAGACCUCUAAAUGUAAACGAAAGGCCGCUAAAUUCAAAUUGACUUUGCUUGCAGAGAAAUGUCGUCUAUGUCAUGCAUGUCGAAGUUGUACAAAUAAUGGAAAAAAACUGUCUAAUGCCUAUAAAGCACAAGUGCAAUUGAAUGAAGUCUUAAGGAAGGAAUUGGAACGGAAAAUUGAGGAACUUGAGGCUAAUUUGAAAAUGAUUUUAUUUGCAAUGAACUGUAUCCAGAAACUUGAGUGUGAAAAUAACAAGUUUAGAAUUGCUGCUAGAGAACAUGAAGAAAACUCCAAGAAACGGCUGAAGACAAUUAAAGUUGAAGUCGUGCGUACAGAGAAGGCACAUGUUUGUACAAUGACGUGUUUGAAAUCCUUGGUUUGGAGUACUGCAACCAAGUUUUCAGCACAGGUGGGUUCAGUACUCAAUCCAGGGAAUAAAUUAUUUCGUUUUAUACAUACAUUUUGUUGGAUGAUUUUACCGGCAGUUCCGCCACCACGUCAUUUCUACCUGACUCAACAAAACAAAUGACUCAGACCCAUUAUUGUUAUAUACAAAACAAUGUUAUAUAUU